AUUACGCUGCAGCAAAGAUGACCACACUUUUGAACAUAGCUUUACAGUCGCCUGGUGCCUACUUAGCGUUUCGUCCUGAAAGUAAAUGCUGACAAGUCUUAGAAGGCGUUUCGUUUAUAAGAGGAAGAAGAAGAUCAGCGUCAUUACGGAAAAUCUGUUCGUCGGCCGUGUGAUUUCCCCAUUUUUUCUCAGAACCAUUAAUUGUGUCGCUGAUUCGUUUAGCUGGGUCUCUGCUUUCUGUCGGACAUUGCCCACCUCACCACAAACAAAACCUGCCACUGAGCCAUCCGGUCACGAUGCACUGAUAGGCUACAGUCGUACCGCUGUCGAAUUUUUCAUCUAUUGGAAAGGUGAACAGCCCCACACACUGUCUCCAGCAACACUCACACUGACCCGGUGUCCUCCCACUCCCAGGUGAGCCGCGUGGUAUCCAUGGAGACGAGUGCCCUGGCCCAGCAGGUGGACAGCGUGGAGCGCAGCGUGGCAUUCCUGCAGCAGGAACACCUGGUGCUGCUCACGGGGCUGCGGCUGGAGAUCCUGCACCUCAGGAAGCGAUGUGCCGAGCUGAACUGUGAGCUAAAUGAGAGGUUACCCAGAAGAACCCAAGCUGACGUGGACGAGGAGCAGGAGCAGCUGGAGGCGCGGCUGCAGACGGCGGAGCGGAGCCUGGCGGAGCGCGAGUGCGGCCUGGCCGACCUGCGGCUGGAGCUGCGGCGCAAGGGGGCGCUAGCGGGCGCCCUGCAGGCCCGCCUCCGCGACGAGGAGCGCCGCUUCCUGGACGAGCUCAAGCGCCGCAGCCACAAGAUCACCGCGCUCGGACGCCAGCUGCGGCAGCAGACCGACGUGGCGGCCCGCCUCUCCUUCCAGCUCCACUCGGCCCGCUUCCGCCUGUACCACCAGACGGACGGAGGAGGUGGUGGAGGAGGAGGGGGACCAGAGGAAGAGGGGGUGGACGAUGACGACGACGACGACGAUGAAGAGGAGAGCGAAGAGGGAUCGCCCGAGUCGGACUGGUCGCUGUCCGCGCAGGCGUCCCCCGAGGUGGUGGAGCGGCGGCCGCCGAGGGUCUGCGCCACGUCCCCCCGGUCCCGGCGCUCGGAGCGCGUCCGAGAGUGCGUGCCGCGGGUGAGGGUGCACGGGCCGGAGGAGCCACGGGCCAUGCCUGACCCCGCCCUCUUCCUGUACCCGUUCAGGCAUAGGCUGCUGCCCCUGCACGCCUCACUGGGGCGGAUCUGCAGGGAAGCCGACCAAUCAGAGACCUCGGAGGGGAGACGGAGCAGACACAGCAACCAAUCACCGGUCAGGGGGAGAAUGGAGCCAGACACCACUGAGUUAUAAGUUUAUAGUUAGAUACAUAGGAGAAGUAGAAGUCUCCAUAAAGAGUCUGGUUAUGUAGCUAGGCAAAUAAAUGUAUUGAAAGGAACAUGACAACUUGUUGGGAGAUUAGCUUAUCUGCCGUCCACAGUUAGAUGAGAGGAUACAUAACACCCUUUGUUCUCUGUGUGUGCCUUGCUAACACAGCAAUUUUCUAAGUACUCGGCACUGUAUUCAUACUUGGGCCUAUACUCUCAUGAUGGCAAAGGGGAGCGUGCCUAUGCUCCCCGGGUCCUAUGUUCCCCGCUUUGUAUGCGAUUGGGGAACAUAGGACCGUUUUUUUUACAUUUUAAAAAGAGUCAUAUGUUCCCUGCUUUUCCUAAAAAAAAAGGUCCUAUGUUACCCGGUAUGUAUUGCGGCCGGGUAACAUAGGACACUUUUGGGGAAAACCGGGGAACGUAAGACCCUUUUGGGGAAAACCUGGGAACAUAGGACCCUUUUGGAGAAAACCGGGAAACAUAGGACCCGGGGAACAUAGGACCCUUUUGGGGAAAACCGGGGAUCAUAGGACCCGGGGAACAUAGGGAUGACCCCUGGCAAAGCACUGCCACCUGGGUGUAGAGAUUGCACACAGCAGCACAGCGUGCCAGGCACCACGAGCACAGAGUUUGAUCCCUCAGCGAAGUGAGGAUGUAGUCCCGAGUGAGUAUCUGCGUAGAAAAGAGAGGGAUGUAUAGCCUCUUGUCUAACUCUGGGGUACACAGCAAAUUAGCCAAUUCCCCAAAAAGCUGCCGUUUUCCUUUAAGGUCUAUAUUU